CUCCAGUCCGCCAAGUGCAUUAUUCCCCUUGCCGACUUUAGCCUCCCCUUGAGUCACAGUGUUGGUCUGGUGGGGCCCGUUCUCGGCUGGAGCUACCCUCGACAACCCACAAGAGAUUGGCGGCGAAAGUGUCGACUUUGAGAAGAGGAAGCACCGAGGAAUAACCGCGCAACUUGGAUUUAACUAUAUCGUCUCUGCAUGGAAGCGAAUGGUUUCGUGUCCAGGCGGGUGGACACACCAAGCGUCGAUGCCGGGGUUACUGCUGGAGCUACAGGGGCAGACAUUCGAUGGCUCGGCGGGAGGAUUUUGGAUGCUACGGAGGGGUUUGUUGGUGGUCUGUCACCGCCACGGUUAACAGCGGAACCGGACUUUGCUGCGGUGUUGCAACUUCGAGCAGCCCCAGAGCCCACGGUGUCUGCUACGGAGACCGAAAUAGACUACGAGGGGCUCCCCCAGGGUGUAGCCACCAGUACACACAUGUUAGCUGGCGCCGUGGCUGGCAUCAUGGAACACUGCCUAAUGUAUCCCAUCGACUGUGUUAAGACGCGGAUGCAGAGCCUGCAGCCCCAGCCGGGGGCACGUUACCGUAAUGUGAUGGACGCGCUACGUCAGAUCGUGCGUACCGAGGGGGUGUGGCGACCUGUGAGGGGGCUGAACGUCAUGGCGAUAGGGGCGGGGCCAGCCCAUGCUCUGUACUUCGCCUGUUAUGAGAAACUCAAGUUCUCACUCAGCAACGUGGUCCACCCGGGAGCUAACAGCCACUUUGCUAAUGGAAUGGCAGGCUGCAUGGCCACUGUACUCCAUGAUGCAAUCAUGAACCCAGCAGAAGUGGUGAAGCAGCGUAUGCAGAUGUACAACUCCCCGUACCGCGGCGUGUCUGACUGCGUGGGUUCCAUCUGGAGGCGCGAGGGCCCCGGGGCCUUCUACCGCUCCUACACCACCCAGCUGACCAUGAACGUCCCCUUCCAGGCUCUCCACUUCAUGACCUACGAGUACCUCCAGGAGCUGCUCAACCCCCACAGACAGUACAACCCCUCCUCUCACGUCAUCUCCGGGGCGCUUGCCGGGGCCAUUGCCGCCGCCGCCACCACCCCGCUGGACGUCUGUAAGACCCUCCUCAACACCCAGGAGGCCCUAGCGGUCCAUGCCGAGGUCCCAGGAGCGCUGGGGGUUGGAGCAAGUGUAGGGACGGCGUCGGCCACUGGGGGGCGCCACAUCUCGGGGUUAGGGGAGGCGUUCCGGACUGUGUACAGGAUGGGGGGUGGGGCGGCAUUCUUUAAGGGCGUCCAGGCCAGGAUCAUCUAUCAGAUGCCCUCCACCGCCAUCAGCUGGUCCGUCUACGAGUUCUUCAAAUACGUCAUCACCAAGCGUCAGUACGAGAGAAGGCUGCACCACCGAGACGGAGAGAAGUAGAGAGGGAGAUAUGACCUUCACUCAAAAUGUCCCCCAAGGAACCCACGUCCAUAGAGAUGUACUAGAGGGCUCAGCUCCUAUCUUUGGGCCAAGUUCCCCCUCUAUCUAACUCUAUAACCACCCCACAGUAACCCCACCUCUGACCAUUUGACCUCUGACCUUCUAAACUAACCAGGAAAUAAAAGCCCCCCCCCUAGUGUUUUUGACUAGAAGAGAUACAGCUUUUGUCAAAAUUCACCUUACGCCGCAGGUUAGGAGAAUUGUCGUAGCAGUUUAGGAGAAUUAGGUUAAGGUUAGGAAAAGUGUAAGGGUUAGCAAAAGUGAAGUUUUGUUUUUUGUUGUCAAAAGCUGUGUCCCAUCUACACCUGACCUCUUAUCCCCUCACAUAGGAGAACAAGUCCCCAUCUUUCACAUAGUUUAUUAUAGACAUACUGUACAUGGCACUUUAAUUCAAAUAUACACUCACUGGCCAGUUUAUUAGGUACACCCAUCUAGUACCGGGUCGGACUCCCUUUGCCUCCAGAACAGCCUGAAUUCUUUGGGGCAUGGAUUCUACAAGGUGUCGGAAACGUUCUUUUCUCAAUUGGUAUCAAGGGACCUAAGGUGUGCCAGGAAACAUUCCCCACACCAGUACACCACCACCACCAGCCUGUACCGUUGACACCAGGCAGGAUGAGUCCAUGGACUGAGUCCAUGCUGCUUAUGCCAAAUCCUGACUCUGCCAUUAGCUUGACGCAAAAGGAACCGGGAUUUGUCAGACCAGGCGAUGUUGUUCCAGUGUUGUUGAUCGUGUGCCCACUGGAGCUGCUUCCUGUUGUUUGCUGCAAUGGCCCAUCUGUGACAAGGAGGGACGAGUUGUGUGUUCUGAGAUGAUGUUCUGCACACCACUGUUGUACUGCUCCGUUAUUUGUCUGUUUGUGGCCCGCCUGUUACCUUGCACCAUUCUUGCCGUUCUCCUUUGACCUCUCAUCAACGAGCUGUUUUCGCCCACGGGACUGCCACUGACUGGACGUUUUUUGGUUGUCGCGCCAUUCUCGGUAAACCCUAGACUGUCGUGCGUGAAAAGCCCAGGAGGGCAGACGUUUCUGAGAUACUGGAUCUGGCGUAUCUGGCACCAACAAUCAUACCACGCUCAACGUCGCUUAGGUCCCUCGUUUUGCCUAUUCUAACUUUCAAUGGAACAGUAACUGAAUGCCUGUCUGCCUGCUUUAUAUAGCAAGCCACAGCCACGUUACUCACUGUCUGUAGGAGCGAUCAAUUUUGGUGAAUGAGCUGAUAUACCUAAUAAACUGUCCAGUUACUGUAUAUAUUUUUAGAAUUAUAUUUCUGCAUUUCCCUACUAUAACCACUAGGGGGCUUUGAGUCUCGUCCUCCCUCCAUUGACUUUAUGGACAGAUCUAAAAGAGUCCCAAUAAUAUCUACUUUCUCCUGCAAAUGUGCACUCGUUCACUACUUCCCACUAAUCUAAUAGCAUUGGGUUGGUGGAGGCAUGGGCUAGUCAGAGUUUCCACCAUAUUCAUUAUACCAGUCAUUUCCUUUCAAAUCAGUGAAGGGAUCACUUUGGUCCCAAGGGCACACUUUGGGAGGAAGGUGAGGUCAUGGGGACGUAGACCAAGUGAACACAUCUGUAUUGGGUGAUGACUGGAGACAGUGGAUUCUGCAUUAAGGAUGUAUCUGUAGUCACUACUACCACUGGACUAUAUUUAGAUUAACGUCUAGCAGUCUGAAAUGGGAAUUCAAUUCACCAGAAAUUGUUUCAUGCAACGCUAUUUAAAACAAUAACUGCCUUUUCCAUCUUUGAGAUGGUGACUUGGCUUGUGUUAACUUAUUUCUCCGCCUGUAUGUAUACAUUGAGGAAUAUGAGUAUUUUGACUUGAACUAUUCAACUUAACACAUUGGAGUUGAUCAAGGCAGUGGUGUUGACUGUGUGUGGAUGUGACUGACUGAAUGAGGAAGAGAGAAAUAAAUAGGAGUGCAAAGCGCUAGAACAUUGGGUGCAAAGCGCUAGAACAUUGGGUGCAAAGCGCUAGAACAUUGAGUGCAAAGCGCUAGAACAUUGGGUGCAAAGCGCUAGAACAUUGGGUGCAAAGCGCUAGAACAUUGGGUGCAAAGCGCUAGAACAUUGGGUGCAAAGCGCUAGGACCCCAUAUAGAGAAUAAUGUGCCAUUUGGAACAGAACCUCUGAGGAUGGUAGGAGAGUGUACUACACCUCCAGUCUACCAGACUGUUGAGAGUUAUGGGCUUUGUUUCAGAUGGCACCCUAUUCCCUUUAUAGUGCACUACUUUUGACCAGGGCCCACAGGGAGCAGAAGACCUUUCCCUUGAGAGUGCGUGUAGUGUCCCAAAUGGCAUCUUGGCCCCUAUAUAGUGUACUACUUUUGAUCACGGCUCAUAUGGAUCUGGUCGAAAGUAGUGCACUAUAUAGGGAAUACGGUGCCAUUUGGGACGGAACCUUCUGAACACGCACCGCUUUUUAGCACUUAUAGUCAUUUACAGUUGUGUGGAAACUAAUAAUUGAAAUAGUAACUUACAUACAUGUAGUUACUUAUCCUAUGGUAACUAAUCAUUUAAAUAGUAACUUACAUGUAGUUACUGAUCCUAUGGUAACUUUUAGCAACAUAUACUACGUACACACGGCCUUUGAAUCAGCCGCCAUGAGUCAAACGCACAAAUACAAAGUCCUGCUGUACCCUAACCUUCAUUUCUGCAGCCAUAUUAUUACAGAAAAGAACAUGGUAUGAAUAGGACUACUCUAUCCUAGAUGAACUCAUUCUAGCUGUAAAGGAGUAGAGUUUCAGCCAAGUGUUCUGGAACCGACCUGAUAAGUGAAGAUUUAAUAUAUAGGUUCUUUCUUAAUAUGGUUGAAAGAUUUUGGGAACUUUUCAAAAUUCUCAGUUUAUCCAGAAAUGUUCCUGUAAUCAUUAGGAAAAAAGCAGGGCAUCCUGAAUCCCCAACAAUGACCUGUUGAAAAACUUGGAAUUUUUGAGAAGUUAGGGGAAUUUUGCAUCCUUGUAAUAGAUUACGUGGCAGGAUAUCCCCCUCCAUAUAGACUAACCAACUGCCACCCAGAACGGCACCCUAUAGAACAUAUAGGUAGAAACAACAUACUACAACAUACUGAAUACACAAGUAGUGAACAACGUUUUGAAUAUGUUAACAGUUAACUUAAAGGGGAAGUUCACUAUUUGACAACUUUGUCAGAUGGUUCCUCAUCCUGAAAGUAGUCUAUGGGCCAGAAGAAACUUAUCAAUGCUUCAGCCGCUACAAACGUCAGCCAACUUUAGCCACCGCUAGCUCCUAAAAUACUGAACUUCCCCUUUAAAGGAGUUGGAGAGAGAAAAGAUAACUGAAUGUAGGAGUGUUUCCUGCCGUGUGCCAUGUUUGGGAGUGGAAAACCAAAGACUGAAAGAACGGGGGAUGGGUGAAUUUGUGAUGAAAAUUAGGGAAGAGGAUUGAUCUGUAUUGAAAGUGAAACUUCUUCCUGUAUUAUUUUGUGAAUUGUAAAUAAAUAGUUGCUAACGAGCAGCACCUCGCAGAAGCAGGGUCUUCUCUUGGGACUGCUGCCCCCACGUGCUGGAGAGAAAUUAUCCAUUA